GCCAUAAAGCACACUCUAGCCGGUCAGGACGGUUGAAAUUUUAUCCGAACGGAAACUUUUUUUUUUACCUGCUAAACAGAGAGAGAAAAAAGUUUGAAUACUUCAAAAUUGAAUAAGAUUUUUGAAUAUAUAAAUAAUAAUUGAGGAAGAACGAAGGAAGGAAGGAAGAAAAGACGAGAGAAAGAAAGCAAACUGAUACUUAAAACUACUACAACAAAAUAUACGGAUUAUUUACAAGGCUUAUGCUUAACCAUAAAUUGACUAAUACCCCUGGAUAGUUAAAAAGCAACAUCUGGCAGUUUACGAAAAUUGAGAGAAACAGGAAGUUAAGGAUAAAAGAGACAUGAAGAUAUAUUUUGUGAUCUUGCUCAUCUAUGCGCCCAUCGCUUUAUCCUCGUCGCUCAAAGGUGAACGAUAUUCCCGACGGAAAUUUACGGAAUUUAUGAAUAUGGAUCCGAACGUGACGGUGUCGCCGGGUGAUAGAGCAAUUUUAAGGUGCAAAGUGGCAUAUCUAGGUACAAAAAAGAUACAAUGGACUCGAGAAAAACCCGACGGAAGUGCUGAUAUGCUAACUGUUGGAAAAUUUGUAUUCUUCCCCGACGAUAGAUAUAGCAUCGAUUAUAAUUAUAGGACGAAUGAAUGGCAAUUAAUUAUAACUGAUGUUCGACCAGAAGACGAUGGUAUCUACAAGUGCGGUAUAUCUUCGAGGCAUUCAAAGAGUUUUUCGUUUCGCUUACGAGUUAGGACCGUCAGCAUCUACGGUCACGAAUUCUAUGAAGUUGGAAGUUCCAUCAGAAUUGUUUGCAACGCUACCGGCAGACCCCAUGCUCCCGAUGAUAUUCUAUGGUUGAAAAAUGGUAGAGCUAUAGAUGAGAAAUCCUCUCGAAUCUUAAUCACAAAAAGAGUGGAAAAACUUGUAAUUAUUAGCGUUAUGGCUAUUGAAGAAGCUGAAAAAGGUGACCAAGGAGAAUACAAGUGCGUAUCGACAAAUCAAGAUUCGGCCGAGAUUAAACUGGUUAUUCUCAACGGUUCGUGUAGAUCUAUAAGACCAAAAUAAGGGGAAAACAAAUCUUUUUCUUAUUUAUCUUCCUCUAAGCAAAAUUGGAUAGUUCUACGCGACUGUGACAAUAUCUCUUUUCCGAAUCCCAUCCAGUUGAUCCAUUCCAUGUAUUUUAUUCCCCAUUUUCAUUCCUUGCCAUUAAUAAUGAUAAUAGAAAAGAUUUAGGAAACAAAUUAAAAGAGGAUACGAGGAAGCGUAAACACAAAGGUCACAGGGCUAGAUUUAAUCGUCAUUUAAAUCCUCCUUUUCUGCUUUUCCCAAUCGUUUCCCUAUCUAGAAAACUGUUAAGAAAUGAUGGAAAGGAAGAGAAAUAAAAGGCCAAAAAUAGAUUUGAGGAGCUAGAAAUAGUCUAAAGAAUGGAAGCGUAUAGGAAGGUUUAACGGAUGUAAUAUCUUUAAUAUUCCCUUAGUUGUAUAUAAUUUCUCUAUUUGUAAGCUGUUUAUAAACCUAGCUCAGGUCAAAAAAUAAUACUAUAAAGAAAUGAUAAAAGGUAGGAAAAAAGUAGAGCCCUCAGCCUAUUCUAUGGACACUUUCAUCUCUUUUGUAUAUUAUCCAAGUCGGUAAAACUUGAUACUUAAGUAGGAAAACAUAAGGGUUUAUAAAUCGUACAUCAGACGUCGACCCUAAUUUUACCGUGUCCGGAAUUUCGAUAGAUUGCUUUGGACAAGAUUCACCUCAUUACCAUAUGGUUUUCAUGACACUAUUCAUAGGAGUUUUGUUGUUAUGGGAAAUAACACUAUCAUUUUAUGUUGAAUGUGUAAAGCGUUUAUCCAACAAUAGGUAUCAUAUAGAAAGCUCAUAAGAUAAUUCAAAAGAGUACUAAUAAUUCAUAAUCCUUAAUUGCGUCAAAUUUUUUUCCUCCUAUUUAUCUUUUGUUAGUUUUUAUUAAGAUAAAACAAAAGAGAGACACAAAAAGAGAGUGUGUAUGUGUUUGUAGCUAUGUGUGAGAAAGACAGAGAGAGUGAGAGAGAGAGAGAGAGAGAGAG